AUGGCAGAGCAAGGAAAGCCUGGGCCAACGCCCUCCGAAGCCAUCUUCUUCUUCAACAUUGUCCAGCACAUGAAGAAUAAGGGCGACAUUGACUGGGACGCCGUCGCCGAGAGCUCCGGUUUCAAGAAUGCUGGCGUCCGCUUUGGUCAGAUCAAGCGCAAGUACGGCCUCGAGGGCGACAGUCCCACCAAGAAGAGCUCCGCGCAGCCCGGCGACCUGCCACCGACGCCCACCAAAGUUACGAAGCCUCGCAAGAAGGCCACCGGCGGCGGCGGUCGCGGGCGCAAGAUCAAGCAAGAAGCGCGCGAUUCGGAUGAGGAGCUGGACGGCGGCGAGCUCAAAGUGCCCCGGGCGGGGGCUGGCCGGGAGAAGAGCGAGACGCCAACCGACGUUGCGGUCAAGAAGGAGAGCGACUGGGACCACGCCAAGAGGGAGGAAACAGAUAAGUCUGUGCAUGGAGAGGAGGCUGUUGGCAAGCGCACAUCGCACCCUACCUGCCACUGGCAACACCAGCAAGCUCACUUGGCACCUCAAGCCCCUCGCAAUUCAACCCUUGCACCUACACAUCACCACCCGCAAUCUUUGGUCUUGUCGCAAUUAUACCAAUCCCACUCUUUCAUCUUCUUACAUCCCCUCUCCCGCCCACAGAACCUCCAGCGAACCGACGCCAUGUCCAACGACGAGAAGAUCACACCCACCGAGGGCGAGAUGCGCAUCCUCACAGCCAUCUUUGCCCACAUGAACGGCAAUCCCGACGUCGACUGGGACGCCACGGCCGCCACGGCCUCGCUCGGCAACGCCAAGUCCAUCAAGGAGCGCUUCCGCCAGAUGAAGGUCCGCCUUGGCUGGAACAACAAAGGCGGCGGCACCGCGCCGUCGACGCCCAAGAGCAACAAGGCCAGCCCGUACAAGGUGGCCAAGAAAAGCGGCGGUGGUGGGAAGAAGAGGGCCCAUGUCGCGGCCUUUGGCGAGGAAGAGGAGAAGCGGAAGCUGGUCGUGGCGGCAACCAGGCCGAGCGGAUCGGACGAAGAGUUUUGA